GAUAAAACUUUUGCCUCUAAUUUGCUCCUGAAAAUCUGGAAUCAGCCGGAGCGAAUCUCGAAGCUUAUGAUCUCAACUUGCUGAAGAGGCUGGGAAUGGCUGGUAAAGAGGAGACUAAUGUAUCUGCACAAGGGUCUUUAACCAGGGAAGCCACUGAGAUAUGGAAGAGUGAGUUGGAAUCUCGUCGGUUGCAGGUAGAUAGUUUAGAAGCUGAACUUGUGGAUGUCAAGGCUUACCUUGAGUUUGGUUCAGAAGAAGAUGCCAGAAAGGAAUUAGGGGUUCUUUCCGGUAGGGUCAGAUCGACUGCAACUAUGUUGCGUUAUUUGAGAUCAAAAGCUAGAAUCUUGGCCAUUCCUGAUGAUCUAGCAAAUGUGGAACAGAUUGAACUGAAAGGAUUGAACCUUCUUGAGAAAGAUGGUGGUUCGUCUUCUGAAGGGGCUAGCAACAAUAAUCCUGAAAGUCGAAAGUACCGUGGUUCCUUGGGUAUAGAAGAUGGAGCUUAUACUAAUGAGAUGCUCCAGUCCAUAGAGAUGGUUACUGAUGUGCUGGACUCUCUUGUGAGGAGGGUUACAGCAGCAGAAUCUGAGACGGCUGUUCAAAAGGAGAGGGCACUUUUGGGAGAGGAAGAAAUCAGCAGGAAGACAAUCCAGAUCGAAAAUUUGUCCUUGAAGCUAGAAGAGAUGGAACGAUUUGCUUAUGGGACUAAUAGUGUUCUAAACGAAAUGCGGGAAAGGAUUGAGGAAUUAGUUGAAGAAACGAUGAGGCAGAGGGAAAAAGCUGUGGAAAACGAAGAGGAGCUGUGUCGUGUGAAGGGAGAGUUUGAGUCUCUUAAAAGCUAUGUCAGUACUUUUACCAAUGUUAGAGAAACACUUCUUUCGUCCGAGAGACAAUUCAAAACCAUCGAGGAGCUCUUUGAACGGCUGGUCACUAAGACGACACAAUUAGAAGGCGAGAAGGCACAAAAGGAGGUUGAAGUUCAGAAACUGAUGGAGGAGAAUGUGAAAUUAACAGCACUUCUCGACAAGAAAGAGGCUCAGCUUCUAGCUUUGAAUGAACAAUGCAAAGUCAUGGCUUUGAGUGCAUCAAACAUAUGAACUUGCUAUAUCUUUGCUUUGUUGUUGGCUCAUCUCUUAUUUCUUGAGACAAUUCUUUCGCAGAAGAUAGAUGAUGCAAUCUUCUUCCUUCAUUGUUUUUUGCUUCAAAUGUGACAUUGUAAUUUUUAUCUGUAGAUUAUUAUGGUUAAUGCAUAAAACUAGAAUGUUCUA